AUGGUCUGUGAAAUAGGCAUAUGGGGAACUAUCGGUGGUCAAGAACAUAAAACAAUAUCUCUGUCUCUCUCUCUGUGUCUGUCCGUGUCUCUCUCUCUCUGUGUCUGUCCGUGUCUCUCUCUCUCUGUGUCUGUCCGUGUCUCUCUCUCUCUCUCUGUGUCUGUCCGUGUCUCUCUCUCUCUCUCUGUGUCUGUCCGUGUCUCUCUCUCUCUCUCUCUGUGUCUGUCCGUGUCUCUCUCUCUCUCUCUCUGUCUGUCCGUGUCUCUCUCUCUCUCUCUGUGUCUGUCAGUGUCUCUCUCUCUCUCUCUGUGUCUGUCCGUGUCUCUCUCUCUCUGUGUCUGUCCGUGUCUCUCUCUCUCUGUGUCUGUCCGUGUCUCUCUCUCUCUCUGUGUCUGUCCGUGUCUCUCUCUCUCUGUGUCUGUCCGUGUCUCUCUCUCUCUCUCUGUGUCUGUCCGUGUCUCUCUCUCUCUGUGUCUGUCUGUCCGUGUCUCUCUGUGUCUUUCUCUCGCCAAUAUGAGUUUUUUCCCCGCCAAAGAAACUGUCAUUAAGUUGCCGUAUUUAUUUCCCUCACACUAUUUCAAGUAA